AUCUCCACUUCUUCCAUCACUGCUGCCAUGUCGGUCAAUCUCCUCAGGAAUGCCCUUCUUGACGGGCUGAGGGACCUUCCUGGUACCCGGGAAUUCCAUAUUCAUGUCCUGGUUUCUUCGCCCAGGAAACACGCUGACUUGUAUCCUUAUGCGCUCCCUAGACCGAGGUCGUAUUUGCAGGACAUUCUCAUUCUUCUGUCAGAGCAGAGAACUCCAGAUUCGCCACGGAUUAUGAUUUCUGGUAUCGAGGCCUGUGUGUACAAUAUACCUAUCACGUCAUGCGCCAUUCUCUAUGUGUCGAAGGUGGAUUCCACUGGGCAGGCGUGUUCCCCAUCGCCCACGUCUGCGCUAGUCCGCUCACUGCUUCUGUUUUACGCUAACCCUGCCACCAGACCCAUUGAGGCACAACAUCUUUGGAUUCAUCUUUUUGCUCGUGCCCAGGACCAGUAUCUCUUCCCUAAUUCUUCAGAGUUUUCAGGGAAACGUCCGCUGAGUGACGUGCGAUUGUGUGGUUGGUGGAAGGGUAUCUUUAUUGGUGUGGCCACAGAACUUGACGCUCGAUCCCAAUCUAAAGCUAUCAUUAGAUUGAACUAUGUGCUUCCCGGGUACUCGGAACUUGAGGCAGAGAAUUCCUUGAAAGUUACGUCGUCAUCUUCCUCCCCAUCGUCUCGACCACACCUGCGUUGGAUAUAUGGUCAUCCAUAUUCGCAACAAGACAUUCCAUUGGCUUGUCCGAAGAGCGAAAUUUUGAAUUUGGGCCAUUACAUACCAUGGUUCGAUGAUGAUCCAAAGUCCCGUUUCAUCGAUGAGAUUGCAUAUACUACGGAGAAUGGGCGAGUUAAAUCCCCCGCACGAAAACGUACACGUACCAACUCUCGUUUGGACUUGGCAAAAAAGCAAUCAGAAGAGUAUGGGGAAGACGUUCAUACGUCGGAAAAAAAAGAUGAUAGAAAGGACAAGCGUCCAUCGGGAGAGCUGGGAAUCGUAUCACCAGACGAAUUCUGGGAACGCAUGUCAUUUCGUCAAGAAUGCGUGGCUGGCGCUGUCACCGGAUUCUUCACUCUUGGAGUAACAUUCCCCCAUCCAGCAUUGUCAAAUCCUUCAAUACACUCUUCCAUCUCCCCACUCGCCCCUCAACCAGGGCAGGUUUCGUCGCAAAUCAAUAAAAGAAUCAUGACGUCGUUGCAUACUGCAGUUGACUUCUCAUCGACUGAUUUUGCAGUCCGAGCCACGGAGUCUUUGGAGGGUGCCAUACGGGGCCUGUGCGAAGGCAUCGCUUCUAUUCCUACGCCUAUCAUUCAAGCGCCUCGUCCCAUACGUGCAAGUGAUCGUCCUCCCAAGUCCGAGAGACGUACACCGGAGCCGUGUUCGUUAUUGGCUCCCCCUCAGCCAUCUACCCCACCUCCUCGAAUGGCAAAUGGAACAAGAAUCGAGCCAGAUGUCUCCCCGAAUCCUUUUCCCGAGCCAGAGCCGUCUCUCGAGACGUAUAAUUCACACAUUUACGGGUCAGUUUGUGUCAGCAACCCAGACAGACCUUCGAAGAAGACAGAAACCGCGCCGGGUGUCAAACAAAGUGCCGGAAAGUCGACCGAUGCACCACAAGUGACGGUUCUAACGGUGCGGAGGAAAAUGAAACGGGCCGAAUAACGGAUAAGUCUCAGCUGGGGCGCGUACUCAGGAACUAUUUUCACUGAAUGUAAUAACAAAUGCUGCUAUAAACAUUACUCAUGGUAUUCUCACAACAGUCGGAUAUCGCUGGCCACUACUACUAGCAUGAAGUUAUCUGAGAAGAUAGUCACAUUGCUACGCCACUAACGACAUGGUUCUUUUUACGACUUGGCAUGUUGAUGUUCUAUGCUCAAUUCUUAGUCCAUGCUCUGAACUUUUCUAUGAAACGCAUUCCUGCGCAAUUGGCUUAGCGUUCAUGACAUUAUUAGGUAUAGUGUCAUGUACAACAGUGCUU